AUGUCAGAAAAAGUAGUGUUGAUUACUGGCGGAAAUGCUGGUAUAGGUCUGGCACUGGCAGAACGGCUCUUGGCAGCAGAUCAAAGUAUCCAUUUAUGUCUUGCAUGUCGAAAUCCCAGUAAAGCCAGAGCUGCAAAGGACGCACUGCUAGUAUCUCAUCCAGGUUGUACUAUUGAGUUAUUACAAUUAGAUGUCAGUGAUUUACAAUCAGUUUAUAAUGCAGCUAAAGAAAUCAAAAAAAGAUACAGUCAUAUAGAAUAUAUGUACUUCAACGCAGGAAUAAUGCCUAAUCCGACAGUCAAUUGGAAACAAUUUUUUAAAGGUUUGUUUUCAACUCGUUGUGGCGCGGUAGGUAUCCCUCCUGCCUGCAUUGAUGAGAAGAACUUGAGUUUGAAUCUCAUGGUUCAGCCGCAAACACAGUGUAGCGUUGUAGAAUACCUCCACUUUGAUGAACGUAUACCGACUGAAGCAAUGUAUGACGGCGAGUGGGAGCAACAGAUUGUUGAGAAUUUUAUUGCAGACAAAGAAAACCAUGAAUCUACAGACAACGAUGACAACGACAGUCAAAUUAUUGACCCCCACGAUGACCGUGACUUGACGCAUGGCGAUUUGAAAGAACUGACUGAGAUGUUGAGUAGACAGAGUUCAACAGCAAGAGUUGUGUGGACGUCCUCUAGCAAUGCUAAAAAAGAUGCCUUUAGUUUAGACGAUGUACAACACCAUGAAGGGUUUGAGCCCUAUGCAUCAUCCAAAUAUGCUGUGAAUCUAUUGAGUAUUGCAUUAAAUAAUGUACUGAAUGAGAAAGGAAUCUACAGUCAUCUGACUAAUCCUGGGCUGGUUGUGUCGAAUAUGACAAAUAAUAUUAUGCCUAACUGGUUUUGGUCACUGAUCACACCACUUCUCUAUUUG